AUGACUAAUUUGCUUACCUCCAACACAACAGCCGGAGAGAUCCACUUGUUGAUUGGAUACUCUGCUGUUUCCAAUACCAGAAUCACCUCGAUCAUUGAGUCUGGCGCAAACCCAAUUCUCAUCACCGAUUCACAGCCACAGAGCUUCCCACCCAAUAUGACACAAUAUGUAACCAACAACAGACUAGAGGUAGUGGUUGAUGAAGAUUUCUCAACCAAAAUUCUUCACUACUUGUCUACUCUAGGUCGACCAGAGGUGGAUCACAUUGUCGAUCGAGUAUUUGUGUCGUUACUGAACUCACGCCUUCCCUUGAAACAGGAGAUAUAUCAGAGAUGUUGCAAGUUGCGUAUACCGGUAAACACAACCGACUCGCCAGAUUUAUGCACAUUCACAAUGUUGUCAACCUACACUUCGGGUGAUUUCCAAUUGGGGGUGACCACCAACGGGAAAGGAUGCAAGUUGGCCCUGAGAAUAAAGCGAGAACUAGUGAACUCGUUGCCCCGCGACAUUGACGUGAUAUGCAAGCAGGUGGGACAACUAAGACGACAGAUACAAUUGGAAGAUAAAUCUGAGUCAGAACAUGGAGAGCACGAAGACGAUGCUAUCAACAACCACAAGUUCAACACAUUCGUACCAGAGUUCAACAAGACGCAAGAAGAUCUAAAGCUACAGAGAGCGAGAUGGCUCUCACAAAUAGUCGAGUAUUACCCAUUGAAGCAAUUAGGGUCUAUUUCAAUCAAGGAUCUCAGCAGCGCCUAUAAGUUGCACAAGCGAGCCAACGAGCUUGAAGAAGGUUCGAAGACCGGCCAGAUGACCUUGGUCGGCAGUGGACCCGGGUCUGUGUCGUUACUCACUUUGGGAGCAUUGCAGGCUAUACAGACAGCCGAUUUGGUGCUAGCAGAUAAACUAGUUCCGCAACAGGUUUUGGAUGUGAUCCCCACUACACACCACACAAGAUUGUUCAUUGCCAGAAAGUUUCCUGGCAAUGCCGAAAAGGCCCAGGAAGAGUUGUUGGCAUUGGGAUUAGAGGCAUUGAAAAGAGGCGAAAAGGUGGUUCGUUUGAAACAAGGAGACCCGUAUAUAUUUGGGCGUGGAGGAGAAGAGUUUAAUUUUUUCUCGCAACAUGGGUUCACGCCGGUGGUUGUGCCGGGGAUUACCUCUGCAUUGGCGGCACCAGUGUUGUCGAACAUCCCAAUGACACACAGAGACGUUGCUGACCAAGUUUUGAUUUGCACUGGUACAGGCAGACGGGGAGCCGUGCCCAGCUUGCCUGAUUUUGUGCCGAGCAGGACUACGGUAUUCUUGAUGGCCCUACACAGAGUGGUUGAGUUGAUCCCGUUGUUGGUCAACAACAAGAGGUGGGACGAAAACUUGCCUGUGGCAAUUGUCGAGCGAGCAUCAUGUCCCGAUCAAAGAGUCAUUCGCACCACGUUGAGCAAAGUUGGAGCGGCCGUCGAGGCUUGUGGAUCGAGACCGCCAGGGUUGCUCGUAACAGGAUAUUCCUGCGACGUGAUUUGGAAAAGGAAGAUUAGUGAGAGCUUGCCUUGGGUUGUAGAGGAAGGUUGCAGUUCACGAGAUGACAGUGAUUUGAAGAGAAUCGUCGAGCUUGUCAAUGGGAACUGCAAGGAGAGCAGUGUUGUCGGUCUUAACUUGCAAAAGGAAAUAGCUGCAUAA